CAGGUUCGUGUUCGUGAUGACCCGUCUCUUCACCCGCCUCCCAAAGCUCGCAGAAGAAGAACCGGAACUGAAGAAGAGAGCCCCACAACAGUGACCCAUAUAGCAAAGCAAAGCAAAGCAAUUAAUCACUUCUUCUCUACCCAACUGACAGAAUUCGAGUCAGAGCAUCAGCAAUGGAGGUGGGCAUGUCCCUAAACGCCCUAGUUCGCCUUCCUCUGUCCAGUUCGAGGGCAGCUGCGCAUGAGGAUGGGCUGGUGAAGCAUUCGCUGUUCAGUUCGCGGUCUUCCGCCGCCACAACCUCCCAGAGGCCGGCGCAGGGUCGGCCGCUGCUGGUGGUUGAGGCCAAGGGGAAGAGAGGGAUGCAGGCCCGUCAGUUUCAGAGGCCCCCUGUCCCUUCCCUGCCCAAGCUUGAGGAUGACGGCAACCCCAAAUUCGUCAUUUUCAUUCGGAUGGCCAAUGUAUAUCUAUGGUACCCGCUGAGUAUUGUAACGGGGGGCACCACGGCGAAGAUAAUGGUGGCGGCAAAAGAUAAUUUCCUGGGCAAGUAUAUCUACAAAGACACGCUCGCUCGGAACCUCGCUGCUGUUAUUUACCGAGAUGAGAAGGAGAUUCAAAAGACUGCAUUUAAGCAACACCGCAUACUGCGGACAGCUACUGAGUUCAGAUACGGCUACAAGCUUGUUGAAAAUGGAAAUAUAAGAGCAGCACUUUCAACCAGCGAUGUUAUUGAGCUUCCGACACCAGAUCAGCUCAAGACUGUGCUCGACAAAGUGAGGGACUUCUUUGGGGAUGCUAAAGAAUCUUUUGGGAAGAUAACAGCACUAAACACGACUGAGGAGACAGAAGAAAGCUCAACAGGAAAGACCAAGGUUGAAGGCUGAGCGCACGAAGAAGCUACGGAGCGGAAAAAGAAAUUUUCGGUAGAUUUAUCUUCUAAGGAGAUAGAGUAGUACGUUCAUCAUACAGAAGUAGUCCUAUGUUGUUCAAAGUACUAGCACUAUUUGAUCCAAAGAAGAAUCCCUGUUUCUGAAACACAUAAAGUCUGGUGCAUCAUUGAGACGAACUUCUAUCGA